GACGUUUCAACCCCGUGUUUCAGUGGACCGGGUCGAUUCAAACAAGGCAAGCGGGCGUUGUUCGCUGCUAGUUCACAGAUUCGUGGAAUUUAGAUGCUUGAACAAGUCUCUCCAGAGGUUUGAUAACACCACUGUUUAACAAUGUCUGGGAAAAUAAAGAACCGGAGUGCCACCAAUGCGGACUCGAUUAGUGGCGGUGUGUCCUGCGAUGAGCGCAUCUUGCGGGAUUGUCAUCAGAUGUACACGGACCCCGACAGCGGAUUGAUCUCAGUAGCUGAAUCCGUUGGUGUGAAGUUGCUGCCGCCCAGGAAAAAGAUCACUGUGUUGCUUAUGGGCAACCACUCCGCUGGGAAAAGCUCCUUCAUCAACUGGUAUGUGGAGGAGCACAUCCAACGCACUGGAGUUGCUAUUGAGACCCAAGGCUUCAGCUUUGUUACAAGUGGCCGCAAGAGAGAGUCUCUCACAGGAAAUGCCACUCUCCAUCUUUAUCCACAUUUCAAGCCGUUGCAAGAAUUCAAAGGUGUUUCAGAGUACCUGAGCACAGAGAUCUGCACGUCGAGACAGAAACGGUUCAGCCUGGUGACAUUUGUGGAUUCACCGGGGCUGGUGGAUGGUGAUAUGAAAUACCCUUUUGAUGUGGACGAAGUCAUCCUGUGGCUGGGUGAUCUCUGUGACCUGAUUCUGGUCUUCUUUGACCCGAUGGGUCAGGCUCUGUGCAAGCGCACCCUCAACAUCGUGGAGUGCCUGAAUGAGAAGCACGGGGAUCGACUGCGUUUCUACCUGAGCAAAGCAGACGAGGCUGGGGGAGAGUCUGACAGACAGAGAGUAAUGAUGCAGAUUGUCCAGGAGCUCUGCAAGCGACCGGGACUCAACAAGUGUGGCUUUGACAUGCCCACCAUCUACAUUCCCAAUCCAAAUAAGCCAAGUCGCUGUGUCAACCAGAUUGAAGAGGUGUGUCGUACCAUCGAGAAAACUAUUAACCAGACAGUCCAGAAUACACUCAACUCCCUGGAGAAGGACUGUGAGCUUAUCAGCGAGGCCAUCACUGAUACGCUCCUUAAUGACAGGCAGACCAGUGUUGAGAACCGACGGGCUCGCUGUAAGAGCUGCUUCCUGACUCUGCUGGGCUUCAGUGUCCCUAUGGCGCUGAUGGCCUUACUGGUGCUGGGCACCCUGUCCAAGGAGCUGCUGGAUAUGGUUCUGGGCCGCCAGGGCACAGAGACGCUCUCACUCUACCUGACUCCCAUGGUGAGAGUGUUUGACUCCCUCUCUGUGGAGCAGCAGCUUUACGGCUGUGGCGGGCUGGUCUUUCUCUCCUUCCUCCUGCUCAUCAUCGCACGCUUCUCCUUCAGGACUCGGCCAACUCUGUCAGGCAAACAGAAAAGGCAACUGCAGGAGAAGCUGGAGUAUGUUCAGGAAGUGGUCAAGACCAAAAAGAAAAAGCUGUAUGAAGAAUACCUUCGCCAGAGUGUCAGUGAUCAGGAUAUGGCCUGAAACACGAGGUGCACGCAAAGAUUCAGCAUUCACACACCAACCAAAUGAAACGGAAGCUUUGCCAGGUUACACAUCAGCCGUCGUGUCACUCUGACUGCUCCAUGCUGCAUCUUGCUGAAGUGUGCGGACGCAAAGUUACAAGCACAUAAUACACUAAUAGAAACUCACGUUCUGGUGCUUUAUACUGUAAAGCCUGUUGACCUGUUAGAUGACGUUACCUCUGUAAAAACUCUACCUGCAGAUAAGUGGAGUUUGGUCUCAUAGGAAAAGAACUUUUGUUACUGAUCAUUAUUCGUUAUGAGCAUUAAAUACACACAUUCUGUGCCUCUGCUCUGCUCACAGGAAUGCAGGCUUGUACCACUAUAAAAUAUUUAAAAAAGCAAACUAUUUAUAAUAUUCCUUUACCUGAGAACUUGUAUUUUGGUUUAACGGCGUAUAGCACUAUUUUACAUGAGUCACUUUGUAUGAGUUCGUGUUUUUGAAGACUUUCACCAGCAUUUUAUACAGUACUUUGACUACUUGGUAUCAGUUACAGUUUUGGUGUUGCAUCAUGAACGUCUGCGUCCUGGCUAAUAUUUAGAGUAUUCAAUUAUCCGCACAACUCCUGCUAUUGAAAUAAAUGAAGAUUGUGAACCAGCAAUCGAGCAUUUUAUCUCUAACCAAAUCAUUUUUGUAUUUUCCUGUCAUACAUUGUGACCGUGUUUUUAAUUACAACUGACUUAAAUAAAAAACUAUGUUCAAUA